AUGCCCUUCGAUUUACUUCUAGAUCUUCUCCGUCUAGCGGGAAAAUGGAAGUACUUUAAUCUGAUUUUUUUUAUCGCUCAUGGCGUUCGACUAUAUGCCUCAGGUCCUGCCAUAAUCAAUGCGACUGACGAACGGGGCUUCAAUCUGAUUGCAACGGCAAUUUCGGUCAUUACUCCUGAAGUCCAUUCUAUCGGAGAUGUGGGUUGGUAUGAGAGCGAAAUUUUUAUUGCAUUCCAGUUGCCUAAAACCAUGAGUUUGUUCUCCAAAAAGGUUGCAUACUUGAGCUAUGUCGCUCUGUUUGAGGUCGGGAGACUUAUUUGUGCGCUCGCUCCAUCAUCACCAGUUCUCAUUGUUAGAAGGGCUAUUGCUGGCCUAGGAGCUUCUGGGAUCAUCCCUGGAGGGCCCACACUUGGAGGAGCACUCACUCAGCAUGUUAAAUGGCGUUGGUGUUCCUACAUUAAUCUUCCUAUAACCGAAUUCUCCGCCGUCGUGGAAGCAGCUCCGAUUCCUCCCCGACUGUUCCCAUCUAGCAGAAACACCGUCCUCAUCUGUACUUCUGCUUUCUUUGCGAAUGUAGACUUUCAGUGUAUUAUAUACUGGCUUCCAAUCUGGUUCCAGGCUGUUCUUGGGACCUCUCCAACCUCCAGUGGUGUCCGGAAAGUGGAAUCCUUUUCUUAUCCUCGUCAUCGCAACGGUAUCACUUGCUGGUGGGCUCUUGACAACUCUGCAUCCUCCUAUAUUCGAUGGUCAUCGGAUAGGGUUUCAGAUUUCAGGUGGCAUUGGGUACUUUCUAAUUGUCACCAUGGUCAGUCUCCAUUGCAUGUUGCCAUUGAUCAUAGAUGCUCAUUUUUUCCACAAGCCCAUCUCGGAGUACAGGCGUCCCAUCUGCCAGACCUUGUUCCUUUGGACGCAACUACCCUCCUCUUCGCUAUCUCCGCAAGCUGUGCCAUCGUCCUGGCUAUUGGGGAAGCGGUCUUUCAAACCCAGCUCAAGAAGGAGCUUGCUCACGUCGCUUGCUCUGCUGUUGUAAAUGUAGCAAUCUCCGCUGGGGCCUUGGGGUGGCGCUUCAUCGUUUUCUCUGCAGAGAUCUCUGUGGUCAUUUCCGCCUGCGGCACCAGUCCCAUCGUUUCUAUUGGUUUGUUAUAUGCGGUGGACAUCGACAAGAAAUGCGAGAGAGAAGGGAAGCAUGAUGUUAGUUUGGAAGCAAUAUACUGCCAGAUUACUUCUCAGCCAAUGCUCCGACGAACGAUAACGGCUCCUGAGAUAUGCUCUAGAGGUGACCUCGAAGUAAGUUUAUCGGCAGCCAUCAACGGUUCUGUGAGCAAGCCGACUUUGCCACGUGUCAUUGUGGUCUAUGAGACAGCUACGGAGUAUAAGCUGCAGUAUUGUGCGUAG